GUCCCGUCGCGUCCCGUCCCGUCCCGCCUCUCCGGCAGAGCAGCCGGGCAGGAGGCGCGGGGCGGCGGCCGGGGCAGCCCCUGUGGCCGGAGCGGCCCCCGCCGGGGCUGCGCGUCCUCCGCACCAGCCCACCCGCCAUCCUCCGUCCAGCGGCCCCGAUUCCUGCCCUCCCAUCCCAGCGCCGAGGUUUCCCGCUCCCCGCCUUCCCGGGCCGGGCGGUACAAGGGGUGCCAGGGUUCGGUCCCCGUCGCGCCAGGCAGGGCAGCCCUGUGCCAGGCUCCAGCAGCCUUUGCUUGUGCCCCAGCGCGGUGCAGCUGGGCUGAGAGGUGUUUCUGCGGCGCUGGAGGAGUCAAGGGACGGGGGAGGGCCACCAUGCGCUGCUCACCCCAGCAGCUCCAGAAAGAUAGUACCCUGGCAGUGACUGGACUGAAGGAAACUUGAGACAAAACUCCUGUUACUGUUGGAUGUGCUUUGGAGUCUGUGAUUAAAUGCUUUCUGCUGCCUGCAGCAGUAGCUCUGUGCCAGCUGAUGGUGACUUCCAGGAGCAUCUCUCCAUCUAAGGAGGUUCUGUAACAAUGAUGAUAUAGUUGGGAUCUGCUGUUGCUUUUUUUUAGCUAGAGAAUUUCCUGUUUCAGUUUGAUUCUAUUUCCUGAAGGAGAUGGAAAAAGUACCAGAAACUGGAGUUGGUCUCCUUGCCUCUCUAGGCAGUUUAGUGGAGUCAAAUCCAGACAAUAACAGCAGCAACGGAGCCUCAGCAAAAGAGAAAGACAUGCUUUCCUCUUCUGGAGAGAUGGAAAACAUACAGCUGAAACCCAGCAGAGAAACAUCCAGAAAAAAACUCUGUGGCUAUUUAAAUAAGCUGGGAAUCAAGGGACCAAUCAAGACGUGGAAGUCUCGCUGGUUCUUUUACGAUGAAAAUAAGUGUAAUUUACUAUACUACAGAACUGCACAGGAUAUCAAUCCUUUGGGAUAUAUUGAUCUCUCCAGCGCCAGCUUUGACUGCAAAGUUGAAAAUGGGGAAGGAGUUUUUGAGAUCAGAACACCAAGCAGAGUUUUUACUUUGAAGGCAAUCAGCAAACAGGCAAUGAUGUACUGGCUACAGCAGCUACAACUGAGACGUUGGGAGUUUUGCAGUGCUCAGAGGGGAUUUCCUGUGGGCAAUCCACAGCUUGUGAAUGAGCCUCUGGCAGGCAGAACAAAUGUUGUUGACAACGAACACUUUCUGCCUCCAGUGAAAACACCAACAGAAGCCGUGGGUUUAAAGGCAGCAUCUUUGCCUGCACCCCAAGCAUCUACUGCUUUACAGAACAUCUCCCUUAAGCACCCUUGGACAGAGAUACAAAACACUGUCUACAAUAUCUGUGUCUCCAAGCAGCUUCGGGGAAACAAUGGGAAUGUUUUUAAUUUCAGUGAAUUCCAGGAGCAUCCUGAGAAUCCAGAUGAGGAUCAAGAAGCAGAAGUGGAGGCAGAGUGUGCAGGUGUUAAAGAAGGGAUCCCAGAGGACCAAAGGAUGGAACCCAGGCUGAACUGGGUUAGGAAAGCCAGGUGGAUGAACAGUGGCUUCCCAGGCUUGCCCGAAGAACUGUCCAGGGAGAGGAACCCAAUGGAUAAAGUGAGCGUCCUCCAGCAACAGAUCCUGACACUCACAGAGGAAGUCAAGUCACAGAAGGAACUGGUUAAACUUCUCCACAAAGCUCUGGAGGCAGCCCAGCAGGAGAAGCGAGUAUCUAGCAUGUAUCUCUCUGCAGCAGAAGAUAAGGACAGACUUGAGCUGGUGCGUCACAAAGUGAGACAAAUUGCAGAUCUUACCAGUCGCCUGGAAGCUCUUGAGCAGGAGAAGAAGGAACUUGAGCAGAUGUUGACUCUGAGAGACAGACACAUCCUGGAACUCAAGGAGCAUGUGCAGCUUCUGAUGGAGAAGAACCACGCCAAACAGGAAGUCGUCAUGGCCUUGACAGAGCAGAUGGCUCGGGAGCUCUCUGACCCCCUGCAAGAAGCCAACACCAUCACUGCAGAGACAUUGUAUAAGCAGCAGGAGGAGAUUGAACACCUGAAGGAUGAUAUUGAUGCAUACAAAACACAGAACCAGUUUCUCAACUCUGAGAUCCACCAGGUUACUCGUCUCUGGACGAGUGUUGCUGAGAAUGAAAAAGCCCUGCUUAUGAAGUGUGCCUGCCUACAAGCACGAAACUGCCAGAUGGAGAGCAAAUACCUGACAGUCUUGAGGAAGCUGCAGGAGGCUGUGCCUGGCCUGCCCAGCUCUGAUACUGAAUUAGUGAGAAACCUCAUCCAGGAGGCACUCCAGUGGGAUGUGAAGGAAGAAGCAGAAGAAGGUUUUAACCUGAACCCUGUAAGUGAGUAUGAUGAGUAUGGGUUUAUGACUGUUCCCGAGUAUGAGGUUGAGGACUGGAGACUUCUGGCCAAAAUCCAAGCCCUGGAGAUAAAAUCCAACAACCUGUGGAGUCAGCAAGUGGUAGAGAAGCCCCUCCGUGACCGAUGGAACAGCGUUGGAGAGCUGACCCCCUCUGCAGAGCUGAAGAGCCUGAUCCGGAGCGGCAUUCCGGUGGAGCACCGCCAGCGGGUCUGGAGGUGGAUCAUCAGCCGUCGCUGCAACCGCCUGCCUGAGCACUACCCGCGGCUGCUGCGGCAGAGCAGGAGCACCGAGCACCCUGCCUGCCGCCAGAUUGAGCUCGACCUGCCCCGCACUCUCACCAACAACAAGCAUUUUUCCUCUCCCACCUCUCAGCUCAUCCCCAAGCUCCGGAGGGUGUUGCUGGCAUUCUCCUGGCACAACCCUGCCAUUGGAUACUGCCAGGGACUGAACAGAUUGGCAGCUGUUGCCCUCCUGGUGCUGGAAGACGAGGAAAGUGCUUUCUGGUGCCUAGUACAUAUUGUGGAGAACCUGAUGCCAGCAGACUACUACAGUGACACACUGAUAACAUCACAGGUAGAUCAGAGAGUCUUCAAAGACUUUCUGUCAGAGAAGCUGCCUCGCCUCAUGGCUCAUUUUGAGCAGUAUCGGAUCGAUGUCUCACUCAUCACCUUCAAUUGGUUUCUGGUGGCCUUUGUGGACAGCCUGGUCAGCGACAUUCUCCUGAGAGUGUGGGAUGCCUUCUUGUAUGAGGGAACUAAGGUCAUUUUCCGCUAUGCUCUUGCAAUUUUUAAAUACAAUGAGGAGGAAAUCCUAAGAAUUCAUGAUAGUGUGGAGAUCUACCAGUACCUACGCUUCUUCACGAGAAUGAUUACGGAUGGCAGGAAGCUGAUGAACAUUGCCUUCAAUGACUUAAACCCCUUCCCCAUGAAACUGCUGAGGAACCGUCGGGCAACACACAGAGAAGAGCUGGAGACAGAACUGUGUGAGCUGGAACAGAUCAAAGCAGCCUAUGUCAAAGAGAGAGCAGAGCAGGGACCUCAGGACCUGAAAGAGGUUGUUAGUGAAGAGGAAGAUGAGAUUUAACAGGAGCAGUUCCUUGUCACUUCCUUCCCAUCUUGCAGAAUGUCUUCAUUACCAACUGUCUGUAAGAGAUGGAGCAGAGGGAUAAAUGUGGUCAUCUGCCCCCGGAAACAAGGCUAUAGGGAAAGGACCAUUUGAUGGAUGAAGCCAGGCUUUGUAAUGAAUUGGAAGGUGUCAAAUGAGUUAUAUCCUCUUCUAUGCUUCUCCUUGUUCAGCCCACCCUGUCCUGUGCAGUUCAGGAUGAGAGGUGAAGGUCCAUAGGAAAUAUUUGUGGUACCAUGACAGAAGCUGACAUGGCAUGAAAGACUCAGCCAAGCAGGGCUUUUCUACAUUUUUGGUGGGGCUUGAAUGAGAUCUUUAUGUACAACUAAAACCGGAGAAAAUAAUAAACCGAGAUCGCUUGGUAUCUAAAGCUUCUGAAUUGCUCAGGAAGGAAACCUGCUCUUUAAAGGCAUGUGCAUUCAGUGGCUAGCCUGCCAGGAGACUGUGUUUAACAUUGCAACUUCUGAGUCAUGACACUAUUUCCAAAUUAGUCUUGGACCUGAGGAAGUCUUGGGAGCUGGAGGACAUAUUCCCAUGGGACUCAGGCUGGGAAAAGUAAGAUGGGACAAGUGAGAUGUGUUGUAGGAGAGCAAAAUGGCAUCUCCAGUUUAUUAUGGUUCCCGUGGCAGUCCAUGGAAGCAGAAGGUGUGUCUACCUGCCUGGAUGAGAAAUGCUGGGAACUACUUCUGCUCUUUGUUUAGCUUUGAGCAGAGCCAUAUAUGGGUUGGCCUGACUGUGUGUCAUGCUUCAAAGCCAGCCAGCUGCUUGCUCACUCCUCCCGGCUCACAGUGGGAUGGGAAAGAAUUGGAAAAUGAAGUAAAAACCUCACAAGUUAAGAACAGUGUAAUAACUAAAAAUAAUGUUACAACAACAACAACAAUAAUAAUAAUAAUAAUACAAUACCAGUCAUAGUAAUGAAAAGGAAUGUAACAAACAGAGGGAGAAAUAAAACCCAAGAAAGACAAA